AUGGCCCCAGGAACCCUGCUGGUCAAGACCUCAUACUGGGUCUUGUCCAGUCCUAGCCUGGCCUAUCAGAGUCCGGGCAGAGUGUCAGAGGCGGUGUUGGAGGCUUCAAAGACAAGUGCUGCGCAAACCUUGGAGAACAACCUGACCAAUCUAGUGAAGCGGAACAGCGAGCUGGAGAACCAAAUGGCCAAACUCAUCCAGAUCUGUCAGCAGGUGGAGAACCCUCCAGACACUGAGUCAGAGCACGGUCCACGAACAAUGAGUGACUUUGAGUGA